AUGAGCUCGUCCCGGACCCACCGCACCGCCUACCUCGGCAAUGGCUCCCAACCGGUCGCUCUCGCACCGCCCCUGUCGAGUCUCCCGCUGCCAGCGUAUGCACGAAGCGUCGUGUCGACCUCCGACCCUUCCGCCGCCGCGCCGGCUCGUAGCCGACUCCGGAAAGAGGACCGUCGCGACCGAGGUGGCAAUGUCUUACCACCAGGAUCAGGCACAGGCUAUGGCCAAACGACCAAGGAAGGCGUCGUCAGUAACGGCAUGGAGAAGGGCGGCGUCGCACCGAGGAUACAGGCGACCGUGCAGUACGCCAAGGAGCGCAGGCAGCAGCGCAAGGAACGGAGGAACGGCGACGGCGUCAUGCGGAGAAACAUGCCCGUCGAUGACCAUGGCGUCGCUCAUGAUUCAGAGUGUCAGUUCAGUAUUGGGCUCAGCGACGGGUGGUCCCCUUUGCGGUUGCGAGACCGGGUCAAACCGUCUAGGCGAAUGUUAAAGUGGGGCAGUCGGCCCGAGCACAACCCCUGAUACGCCAUGUGUUUCCCACCUUCCCCCUUUUCCGUCACCAGAUGUUCAAUUCAGGACGGCAACACCAGUCCAUGUCCACUCGCAACGGAAUCAACUUGGCCCCGGACGCGAACACGACGAUGAUGGCUCAGCGUCCGAAUCUUCGGCCUCCACCUCGUCCUCGACCGAAGACUCGGGCGCAUCUCGCUUCGGCCCAACACCUUAUAGCUACCAAGCGACGACAAGACGGACUUCGGCGUCGACGCAUCACUAUGCCGCACCUAUGGGGUCCACCGUGUCCGCGAUCCCAAGCUACCUCGCACCCCAACCGCAUCGGAUAAGUCUCGAUCGGACAACCUCGCUCGCUGUUCCACGCGCACCUUCCCCACGGCGUAAGAGCGGCGACUACAACCCUUCCGUGUACCGUAUGGCGACAUCGGGCUAUGAUCGUAGUGCAGGUGGGAGCGUCUAUGGUUCCUCUGCCAGUGGGAUCGGGCUGGGGGCACCGAUGGGGAAAAAUAAGGCCAUAUCCUCGACGAACGGCGAUCUGAGACGGCAGACGACCUCCUCCUUUCAACCACCGGCACCAACGUUCUCCUCGCGGCCACCAGACUUUGACCCACUUUCCCAAUUGAGUGUCACAGCGCGCGCCGUUUCCUCCGCCGACGCGAGGUCCCUCCUAGGGUCGACGGCCCGACUAUCCUUGUCGAGUUCGGCCGAAGGCUCGGUCGAUCCGGUCGGCAAUGGGUACAACAAGUAUGCAUUGAAGGAAGCAAGUACACGGCCACCAAAUAUGGAAGGGACCGCACUCGACGCAGGUGUGCAUGGGAUGAAGCGAAGUUGGGAUGGAUUUAAGCUCGAGAUGAAGUUCGGUGCGUCUGGUCUUUCGAGUUGGAGCUUAUCCCUGGUGGGGUUCUAACGCGUAAUUGUACCAUGCUCUCUAUCUAACAGGCACCCACAAGGUUGGCAAAAAAAUAUCUCGGAAAUUGACCAACUCUCUCGGCGUUUGA